AUGAGUCUCCCUGACGGCGAGUACGAGAUCGACCUAGCCGGUCUAGUCGAUCACCCCAACCGCAACAACGUGGCGCUCCGGUUCCUGUUUCUCCCCGACUCGUUCGACCCCACCCAGCCGUUGACGAUGUACGAACACGGGUCCCAGAUCGUCAUUGCCAGCGACACCACGCUUUUUGAAGGGAUCGGCCUGACCCGGGCGUCGCUGAAUCAGGAAUACUAUUUGACGGUACACGACCAGCGGGUGGCGUUGAAGCAUUUGCACAACACGAUACGUGUCAACAAGACGAGACAGCCGGAUAAGCUCCGCCAGCAGAUCCGCCAGUGGGACGAGGAAAAGGCGAAUGAACAAGCUGAAGCUAAAGUGGCGAAGCCAGCGGCUAAGCCAGUAGCUAAGCCAGUAGCUAAGCCAGCGCCAAAGACUGUGUCUAAGCCGGCACCUGUUAGCGCCCCGGUGGCGCCGCUGAGGGCUAAACUGCCAUCAAAACUGGUUUCCAAGCCAAGUACGAGACCGAGUACAAAACGCAGUUCGAAACGGCCACCAGCGCCGAAGAGUGACGAGGAGAUUAUCAUAUCUGACGCCGAUUUCGAUGAUUUGGACGAUAAUACAACCACUACCAAUACUCAGUCUCAAAAUACUCAAUCUCAAUCUCAACCUACUCAGUCUGAACCGAUGGACGUUGACGAUGAGUUUGAUGAUUUGGAGAACCAGUUGGCCGAGGUGCUUGAACCAGAACUGAAGCAACUGACACAAUUAGCACUUGAGGAGCUGGACGAGUCCGAUUUCGAUGAAGUUCCCUUCUCCGGUAUUGCCAUUGAAGGAGCCCCUGAAAAGAAGGCUAGCCCCUGGAAUACUUCGACUAAUCGAGCCAGUACUAAACCGGUGAGUCUUCGUGAAGCCAUGGGCGGCGACGACGACGAAAGCGAGGCCGAAUGA